UGCGGCUCGGGUCGGCGGGGGGCCAUGGAGGGGUCCCUCCGGAGCGACGGCGACCGCCUGUGCAGCGCCGCCGCCCGCGGGGACCACGAAGAGGUGAGGAGGCUGCUGGACGCGGGCGUGGAUCCCAACGGGACCAACGCCUUUGGGAGAACCCCUCUCCAGGUGAUGAUGCUGGGCAGCCCGCGGGUGGCCGAGCUGCUGCUGCGGCGAGGAGCCGACCCGAACCGCCCGGACCCGCGCACCGGCUGCCGCCCGGCGCACGACGCGGCCCGCGCCGGGUUCCUGGAGACGCUGGCGGCGCUGCACCGGGCUGCCCACCCCGGGAAGGAGGGCCAGAGCUCCGGGGAGUCCCCUCCGAAACAUGGCCGGGGGAGUGGCAUUCACCCCGGGAUGCCCACCAGCAUCCCCCGAAAUAGGGAUGCUACCCCAGAGCCUGACCCUGCCCCACAGCCCACCUCAGAAGCGAACCACCUGGAUUGGGUGGGGGUUCUGGUGAAGGAGAUGAGCAAGAUGGGCCAGAUGCUGAAAGAGUUCCAGCUGGACUGCAAGCGCAGUCACAGCCAGUAG